UUUUCAUACAGCUGUUUGGAAGCUUUGGCUUGCCAUUGAAUUUUGUUAACAAAAAUUGAGCUGUCAAAAUAAAUCGUGGCUUCUACUUUCUUAUUUUAUUGAUUAGAUUAGGACAAUGAUUAAACUCUUUUCAUUGAAACAACAAAAGAAAGAUGAGGAAGGUUCGGCAAGACCGGGAGGUUCACAGAAGAAAGCAUCAGCAGCACAAUUGCGAAUCACAAAAGAUUUGAAUGAACUGAACCUUCCUAAAACCUGCAAUACAGAGUUUCCUGACCCAGAUGAUUUACUCAAUUUUAAAUUAAUUAUAUGUCCAGAUGAAGGAUUCUAUAGGGGUGGCCGAUUUGUAUUUAGUUUUAAGGUAGGACCAAACUAUCCACAUGAACCCCCCAAGGUGAAGUGUGAGACCGCAGUGUACCAUCCAAACAUUGACCUGGAAGGCAACGUGUGCCUCAACAUCCUCCGAGAAGACUGGAAACCAGUGCUCACUGUCAACUCCAUAGUUUACGGUCUACAAUAUUUAUUCUUGGAGCCAAACCCCGAAGACCCUCUGAACAAGGAGGCCGCAGACGAGCUGCAGAGCAACCGCCGGCUGUUCGAGCAGCACGUGCAGCGAGCUAUGCGCGGCGGCUACGUGGGCUCCUCCUACUUCGAGCGAUGCCUCAAGUGAUAACAACCACAAGCGCUAACAACAUCAAUAACUAACUAUAAUAAAGAAAUCUCUCACUUUUCAACAUAGUAUUUAUUUUUAAAACUGAAUGAAGUGUCUGAAAUGAGAACAGCAUUGUAAUAGCGUUGGCUAAGAACAAUUUAGAGUAAGGUAUGUAUAAGUGGUUCUUUCAUUAUGAGAUUUUAUUAUAGCGUAAAACAAUAAAAGAGCAUUUAUAUGUAUA